GAAAGCGCAGCGAUUCCGUCCGUUGCCAUGGCGACCUUGGAGCGGUCUGUGACGCCGCAGCGGAAGCCUUUGCCCGGGGACCAGCUGCAUGUGAUUGGUCAUGGCCCUGCCGUGCUGCUGGAGGCAGUGCUGAGCGGCUCGGACAUCGCGGCGUACAAGGUCCGGUAUCCUGACGGCACCCAGGACAGCGUGGCGCCUGACCAAGCCCUGAUCUGUGAGAAGAAGGACAGGUCAGCGAGCCGUAUGUCCCAAGGCAGUGGCUGUGACUCCCAGGGCUUGGGUCAGGACCGCUCCGAGCGCAACGACCGUGCUGAGCCGCUGAUGCAGCGAGGAGUGUCAGGCUCCUCCCAGCCUCCUCUGUCGGCCAGCCCUCGUGGCCCACGCCAGUUGGAGUACUUGGGCCGCGCCUUCGACGAUGAGAGGCGGAGCAUCGCUACGCCUUCCGCCACCUUCUCUUUGGUUGCGACGAUGGUGGGUGGCGGUGUGCUGUCACUCCCUUUUGCGAUGAGCCAGUGUGGCCUGGUCUUGGGAACUGGCUGCCUCAUGCUCUCAGCGGUUGGCAGUGCAUGGACACUUUCUAUGCUCGUGGACUGCGCGCGCGCCACGGGCCGUGACAGCUUUGAGUUGGUUGGCCAUGCUGCAUACGGUGAGUUCAGCCGCAAGGGCACCAUCGCGCUGGUUUUCAUCAUUUGCUGGCUCACGAAGAUUGCCUACUUCGUGCUGCUGACUGACCUCAUGGUUCCAGUGGCUGAGCUUUGUGUGCCUGCCCUGCAAAGCCUGACGCCUGCGGCUGUGCGCCGCGUGGUCGUUUGCGUCGCUGCGGUGCUUCUCUCUCCCAUGUGCUUCAAGAGCAGCCUUUCCUCCUUGCGCUUCAUGUGCUUUGCCAGCGUGGGCAGCGUGAUUGUGGUGGGCUGCGUGGUGGGUCUUCGCGCCAUCGAAAACUUUGGCAUCGGGCACCAGAUUCAGGUUCAGAUGCCGAACCAUACCAACCGCGUUGUGGAAGUGAGCCCCAGCUACAACCUGUGGCCAGCAGAUUGGGCAAAGGCCUUGUAUGUCUUUCCCACGUUCGGCGUGUCCUUCCUGUGCCACUUCAACGCGCUGCCAACCCACCAAGAGCUUGCCCGACCCACCAGGUCGCGCAUGCGAAGGGUGAUUCUAGUGACGCUGACCCUCACAUCCUUGAUCUACCUCUUCGUGAGCGUUUGUGGCUACCUCUUCGCUGGCUGCUAUACCUGCGGAAACGUGCUGCUGAACUUUUCCUCAGAUGAUAGCCUCAUCACUGUGGCGAGAGCUGCCUUAAGCUUGGUCCUGAUGCUGAACUUCCCGCUGAUUUGCCAGCCCUGCCGCAACGCCCUUUUCCGGCUAUUAAACGGUGCUGGCUGCUUGAAAGCAGCAGAGCCGCCGCAUCAAGAGAGUCAGCAGGACAGCAGUGGCUCCUUCAGCAUGGAGAUUGUGGCCACCUCCGACCCGCAGCUCGCGCUCUCUCCGGAGUCCCGGGAGCCGUCCCGGGAGCCGCCGCGGGAGCCGCGGGAGCCGCGGGAGCCGGCCGUGGGCCUGACGAGGUCCAGGACGCCCCCGGCGUCUCCACCACAAGCACAAGCACAGGUUCAUGUGUACUUGCGCCAGGACACACGGGGAGGACGAGGUCAGCCCAGUGGCCCGGACACAAACGCUGUGCAAGUCUUUGACACGUUCUUGCCCAAGGAGGAGGCCAUGCAGCAGGGUGCCCUCGAGCCCACUAAGCUCCAGAGGAUCGUGAUGACCACACUGCUGCUGGGGACCUCGCUGCUGGUUAGCUGCGUGAUGAGGAGCAUCAUGGUGGUAUGGGCCGUCAUCGGCAGCACAGUGAGCUUCCUCAUCGCCUUUAUUCUGCCAGCCAUGUUCUGGUACAAGGUGGUGGGCCCCACAGCACGGCCCUGGCGCCGGCACAUGGCCCUGGCGCUGGUGGCCUUCUGCACGGUGAUGUCUUGCAUUUGCUUUGUCCUGGCCUGUUUGAAUUUGGACGAGCCACCCUGCCCAACCAAAGGCCUCACUGCCAGGCAGCAAGAGGCUUGACAGAGCAACUCAAAGUUUUAUCGUUUCAUUUUGCAUGCAGCCAGUGGCAUUGACGACGGCACAUUUCAAAACAAUCAACUCUGGGUGUCCGUGGGAAACGCCCAGCUGCUGUCUCGUCAUGCCAGCUGCGGGGGAGGGGUCAAAGAGACCCGAGCAGACUCAACUGAAGAGUCCCAGUUGCGAGUGGCUGCAACUUUUGCGCCUGUAAGUUCGCGGGUGAUCCCCUCUGAGCGCUGCAAGCCAUGGGUGUUUGAAAGGGCCA